ACAUAUUCCCACAGAGCCGGCUCUGCUUCGAUACAGCUUCUUAUAAAUCCGAGAGGAAAACACAAUCAAAAAAAAAUACCAUGGAGUUGACGGAAGAUCAGCAGAAAACAGCUGAGAUUGAAGUGAAAAGAUAUUUACCCCGGUCACAGCAGGUCUACGGUUAUUUGAUGCUCAAAAACAGAGUCAGAUCAGACCCUGUUAAGAUCUUAGUGGAUAGAUGGCCACAGUUCAACGUCAUUGUCUGCAAACCACAGUGGGAGGAGAGGGGUGAUCACUUCAAAGACAUGAUCAUUUUUGCAAAAGAUGGAGCCGCUCUUGAAGAAAUAAUAAGGAAAUCUUCUGUUAUUGACUGGACCCAGAACAACUGCUUUGGAACCAGUCUUCCCCACAUGGAGAUAAUCAAAGCACUGGCAGCAGAAAAAAAUGUGCCCAUUGAAAAACUAGCAGUGUGUCACAUGAUGAUACUGGAAGACAUACAUCACCUUCCUUCUAUAGAAAGGUAUAAAGCACACAGUGACGUGUUAAUCAUAAAUAAUAGUUUCAGACGUCAUUCUCAAACAUUUUCUCUGUUCCGCAUCAGCUCAGGAAUCUCACUGAGCUCUCUGGAUGAAUCGCAUGUCGCCUUGGUGAAUCAGAUGUGGAAGUUUGGAAAGGAUGAGGAGGCGGUGAGGAUGAUCCGGAACAUGGUCACAAACUUCCCCUCCUGCUGCGUGCUGGGUGCUGAUGGACAGCCAGUGUCCUGGAUGCUGACCUAUGCGUCGUGUGCCAUGGGAAUGUUGUAUACUCUACCAGAGCACAGAGGGAAAGGCUACGCUAAAGUACUGAUCAGCUGCAUGGCUAAGAGACACCACGCUCAGGGUUAUCCAGUGUAUUGCUUUGUAGAAGAGGAGAAUGUCGUCUCCUACAGGCUCCUCAAAAACAUGGGCUUCACUGAAGAUCCCUCGUACAGGGAAACAUGGUGCAGAAUAAAUCAACCAUAA